CAAAACCUCCAACAUCUGGACCAACCACAGAAACUACAACAACUUCAACAUCAACAUCAUCUGCACCAACCACAGAAACUACAACAGCUUCAACAUCAACAUCAUCUGCACCAACCACAGAAACUACAACAGCUUCAACAUCAACAUCAUCUGCACCAACCACAGAAACUACAACAACUUCAACAUCAACAUCAUCUGCACCAACCACAGAAACUACAACAGCUUCAACAUCAACAUCAUCUGCACCAACCACAGAAACUACAACAGCUUCAACAUCAACAUCAUCUGCACCAACCACAAAACUACAACAGCUUCAACAUCAACAUCAUCUGCACCAACCACAGAAACUACAACAGCUUCAACAUCAACAUCAUCUGCACCAACCACAGAAACCACAACAGUUUCAACAACAAAACCUCUAACAUCUGCACCAACCACAGAAACUACAACAGCUUCAACAUCAACAUCAUCUGCACCAACCACAGAAACUACAACAGCUUCAACAUCAACAUCAUCUGCACCAACCACAGAAAAACUACAACAGCUUCAACAUCAACAUCAUCUGCACCAACCACAGAAACUACAACAGCUUCAACAUCAACAUCAUCUGCACCAACCACAGAAACUACAACAGCUUCAACAUCAACAUCAUCUGCACCAACCACAGAAACUACAACAGUUUCAACAACAAAACCUCCAACAUCUGGACCAACCACAGAAACUACAACAGCUUCAACAACAAAACCUCCAACAUCUGGACCAACCACAGACGCUACAACAGCUUCAACAACAAAACCUCCAACAUCUGGACCAACCACAGAAACUACAACAGCUUCAACAACAAAACCUCCAACAUCUGGACCAACCACAGAAACUACAACAGCUUCAACAACAAAACCUCCAACAUCUGGACCAACCACAGAAACUACAACAGCUUCAACAACAAAACCUCCAACAUCUGAACCAACCACAACAAAACCACCAACAUCUGGACCAACUACAGAAGCUACAACAGCUUCAACAACAAAACCUCCAACAUCUGGACCAACCACAGAAGCUACAACAGCUUCAACAACAAAACCACCAACAUCUGGACCAACCACAGACGCUACAACAGCUUCAACAACAAAACCACCAACAUCUGGACCAACCACAACAAAACCUCUGACAUCUGGACCAACCACAGAAGCUACAACGGCUUCAACAACAAAACCUCCAACAUCUGGACCAACCACAGAAGCUACAACAGCUUCAACAACAAAACCUCCAACAUCUGGACCAACCACAGAUGCUACAACAGCUUCAACAACAAAACCUCCAACAUCUGGACCAACCACAGAAGCUACAACGGCUUCAACAACAAAACCUCCAACAUCUGGACCAACCACAGAAGCUACAACAGCUUCAACAACAAAACCUCCAACAUCUGGACCAACCACAACAAAACUCCAACAUCUGGACCAACCACAGAUGCUACAACAGUUCAACAACAAAACCUCCAACAUCUGGACCAACCACAGAAGCUACAACAGCUUCAACAACAAAACCUCCAACAUCUGGACCAACCACAGAAACUACAACAGCUUCAACAACAAAACCUCCAACAUCUGGACCAACCACAGAAGCUACAACAGCUUCUGGACAACAAACUCCAAAUCUGACCACCACACAUACAACAACAACAGCUUCAACAACAAAACCUCCAACAUCUGGACCAACCACAGAAGCUACAACGGCUUCAACAACAAAACCUCCAACAUCUGGACCAACCACAGAAGCUACAACAGCUUCAACAACAAAACCUCCAACAUCUGGACCAACCACAACAAAACCUCCAACAUCUGGACCAACCACAGAUGCUACAACAGACUCAAAUAG